AUGAAUCCCAGCCCUGACCGCGGCAAAGAGUGCCUCCCUCCCAAGAAGAGGGACUCUCGGCAAGGGUCGUCCGAACCCUACCUUCCUCCUCCUGAUGAAUUUAAACCCCCUGUGCCGUUUCGGAAUAGAUCCAACACAGGGCGAGGGGAGAGCAGCAAGGAGGUUGAGGAAAGGGCUCAAACGACUACCCCAAACCCCCAUCUUCGACACACACCUCCACCCAUACCUGCUCCUGCGCCUCUGCCCCUGCCAUGGCCCUUGAGCUACCCUUCCUCGGUGUCCCUUCCACUCUUUCAAGGGCAUGUUGUGGAAAGGAGGGGCUCUGGCUCUCCUGCCUGGAGAGAUGACCCCCUUUUAACACCACUGUCUCACCACUCCAGGUGGCUUCGAGCUGAAGGCCCCAUUUCCUCCCCACCCUCCUUUAAGACUCCCUUCCCAGCUGAUUCAAGAGAGAUGUGGUCUUAUAUGAACAGCGGACGACGAGAUUACAGCACCUCUCUCUUUUCCCCGUCCUACUUGUUUGGCCAUACCUCUCUCUAUUCUCAAGAGCCAAGUUUAGUCGAAGCCAGAAACAGAUACCUGAGCAAGAGGCCCAACGGACUGGAUGGACCGGGCAGCAGGACUGUCUCUACCUCUAGGCCUUUGCUCACAGGGGAUUACAGAAAUGAUAGUUUCAGAACUAGACUUGACUUAAGUCCACAUAGCUCCCAUACCAAUGGUGGACGGAGACAGCAGGAAGAUCAAUCACCUCAUGCGCAAUCCCGGGGCCCAUUUUUUUCAGACUCUAAAGCUCAGGAGGGCCAUGAGCAACAUUCCUCACUGCAGGACAGACAUCGGCAAACAAUACUGACCAGCCCCCAUCCUCUGGGGCAAGACCCCAGAGUAGGUAGAGAGGGAUUAUUGGAUGCUGGAAUGGGCCCAGCACCUGAAGCUCAUAUCUACUACUCUUUGGGACAUGUCUGCCAGCCGAGCCCUCAGACCUCCCAGUCUUACCCAGCCUACAGUCCCUCAGGAACACCACUGUAUAACUUGCAAGUAGAGCCAGGCCCAAAGAAGCACAAUCAAAGGAGCUCCCCGAACUCACCACUGGGUCCAUUGAACAGCCAUGACAGGUCCCAAAAAGGCCAUAACAGAAACCAAGACAAAGACAGAGAAAAGACUCCGCAUAGAGACAGGGAUCGAGAACGAGACAAAGAGAAGCACCUGAAACAUAACAGGGAUCAUGUUGAAACCUCACCCUCUGCCCUUAAUCCAUCUCCCCCUGCGCUCCUACCUCACUUCACCAAGGGUUCGCUCAUUGAGCUGGCCAGUGGGCAAUUGAAACAAGUCGAGGAGUUGCAGACAGAGGAUUUCUUGAGGAGUGCUGAUACAUCCCCAGAGUUCCAUCUGAGCACCUGCACAGUGUUACUCAUUUCUCCUAGCAGUUCACAGGGAGUCAGCCAUCUGCAGGUCCACCUAACAGACCGCAACACUCAGGAGUUACUGAAGGUCUUGGUGGAGUAUCCUUUCUUCGUCCAGGACCAAGGCUGGUCUUCUUGCUGCCCUCGGAGAACAACACAAGUCUAUGGCCUUCCCUGCCGCCAGCUUACAGAGGGAGAUGUCUGCCUUGCUCUCACCCCAACACCGAAGCAACUCCACCGGACACAUGUGCGUUCCUCCUCCAGGGUCCAACGCAUACAACACCUUUCCAGGGUUGCAACAGGAGGACCGAGCAGCUCACACAGGGAGAAAAUGCCACCUCCUCCGCCACCUCCCCCUCUUCCCCAACAUCCGCCUCCAACCGGGCCGCCGCACACUCCGACUGCAAAACCUCAGACUCAGGAGCUUGGGCGCCCUCGGAAACGGCGGUGGUCAGCCCCUGAUGUCUUUCCCUCAACAGGAACUGAUGAAAGCCUCUCGGAUUUACCUCAAGGCUCCAAGCUGAUGAAGUGGCAGUAA